AUGGAAAGAGAUCAAAAUGAUACUAUCAUAGCGUCUUUUCAGGGAAGUAAUGAAAGCUCCCCAGGGAUAACACUUUCAGUGGCAAUGAGGCAAUAUAACGAAGAAAAAAAUGACACAUAUGCCCCUGAUUAUGAACAGAAUAUCCUAUUUAAAUAUAUCAAUGAUGAUGAUAAAACAUUACAGAAAAUGUCUUUCUUUAACAAUACAAAUGAACUAGAGAGAGGAGGAACCCCAAGUAGAAUACCUCGAAAAGUUACAUUUAAUACCAGUAAUUAUAGGAGCAAUCCAUCUACAACCUUCAGUUUCACAACCGCAAAUUGGCAACCAGUAAAUAACCAUUGGCUUAGAAGUAACUCAAGUGACAGAGAAAAUAAUACAAUGGGACAUCAAAAUGUAACUACUAAAGGAACCUCACAGUCAACAAUAUCAGUAUCUAGCAGUCAACCAUCAAAUAAUAUAAACACCUCUCAGCCAAUACUUACACCUCAACCAGUUAUAGUACUAGUAGGAGGAAACAAUGACAAUGCCUACCUUCAAGUUAUACAAGAGCUAGCAGGAUGA